UUUUUAUUCUCACCUUUUCCCAAAGCCUAUCGGGAACCUGAUUAUUCUUACCACAUGGCUGUGCGCUUUACCACAAAGUCUUGUGUAGGAAGAUAUAAUGACCUGCUCUUUAGAGUGCUGAAGAAAAUCUUGGAUAAUUUAAUCUCUGAUUUGUUGUGCCAUGUCAUAGAACCAUCAUAUAAGUGCCAUUCUGUUAAAAUUCCAGAGAGUGACUUCGUGAAUGAGCUAUUCAUAGCCUUUCAAGUGAACCCUUUUGCACCAGGCUGGAAAAGUGUCUGCAAUGACUCUAUAGACUGUGAAGAUGCCACUAACCGUAACAUCCUCGAGGUGAGACCUCAUCCUGAGGGAAAGUGCUUGAGUGACCUAGAAAGUUUUGGGUAAAUAAUUUGUCUUGUUAGCAGGCAUUUAAGGUCAACUUCAGCUACACAGUGAGUUCAGUGCCAGCCAGGGCUACAUGAAAACCUAUCUCAAAAGAAAAACAAUUCUUCAAGAAUCCAUCUCAGGUUGUCCUCUGACUUCCACAUGCCAUGGUAUGCAUGCACCCACAUACGUAUACCUACACAGGAGCACACUCAC